AUGGCCCAGCUUUAUGCUGACCUGAGGUUUGCCAAGGUGAUGGGGGGCCGGAGCACGGCCAGCCAGGCACUGGAGGCAGCCUUCAGCAUGAAUGAGGCAGAGAGCCCCUACGAGAGCAGCCAGCCAGCACUGGCAGGGCAGGAUGGGGAUGGAGAUGGAGAGCCCAGCCCAGGGUGCUGGUCCCGUCGGUGGUGCAUCCCUGUGGGGCUGCUGACAACUUGCCUGCUGCUGGUGGCCACCGUGGCCCUGGGGACUUGCUACUGGCAGGUCACCCGCAGCCUGCAGGACUCCUCCCGUGAGCACAAGGCCGAGCAGGGCCGCCUGUCGCAGGAGCUGAGGGCGCAGGGGCAGAGCCUGGAGCAGACCCAGCUGGAGCUGGCGUGGGCCAGAGAGGAGCUGCAGCGCGCGUGGCACGAGGGCAACGUCAGCCAGCUGGAGCUGGACAGGCUGAGCCUGGAGCUGCGCCGCGUCACGGGGGUGCUGGGCAGGACGGAGAGGGAGAUGCAGGAGGUGCAGGGGAGGCUCAACAGCAGCGAGAGCACCGUGGCCCUCCUGCGCUCCUGCACAGCCAUAGAUUGCUGCCCUUCGGGAUGGCUGCUGUACAGGGGCAAGUGCCUCUUCAUCUCCUCGGAGAAGAAGACGUGGGAAGACAGCAGAGAUGAGUGUGAGAAGACAUAUUCUCAGCUCCUGGUCACCAAAUCCUGGAGUCGUUGGACUGUGCCGACCUUUCUGAAGAAUGCAGAUGUCCCAUACUGGAUUGGAUUGCAGAAGGGCAGUUUUCCCUGGUACGACUAUGGCUGGCUGGAGGAAGAGGACCCAGACAGUGAGGGAGGCUCGGAGGCCUGGUUCUGGGUGGAUGGCUCCCUUUAUGAAAGGCCGUGGCAGUCAAAAUCGAACGGAACCUGUGCCAUAAUAAGCCGUGGGAGCAUCAAACCCGCGCAGUGCACUGGUCCCGGUGACCUGCACCUCUGGAUCUGUGAGAAGGCAGCAGGGCCAAGCCUCCCUUUCAAGUGA